GAAUUAACACCAGGUGGAUUAAGUCGUACCAUAACGGAUAAAAAUGGAUUUUUAUGGGAUUUAGGAGGACAUAUCAUUUUCAAUCAUAACUUACCAUACUAUGAUGAAGCAGUACGUUGGGCAGUUCAUGAAUGGAAUACUUUUAAAAGAAAUUGUCAGAUUGAUAUCAGUUAUAUGUAUAAUGAGAAAAGCUUGCAUCUAGUCCCUUAUCCAGCACAAUAUGCUAUUCCACUAUUUCCAGCUCAUAUUAAAAAAAAUUGUCUGGAGGAUUUUAAAGUUUGCUGUGAAAAUGAAAAGAAAAUAAAUUUGAUAAAAAAUUUCGACCAGUGGAUAGCAACAAAUUUCGGUGAAACACUUAACAAAUAUUUUUUCACACCGUAUACUAAAAAGGUAUGGACGGUGGAACCGAUAGAAAUGAAUUCAAUAUGGGUAGCUUCUCGAGUUGCUAAAUUACCUCAUGAAAAGUUAGAAGAACUUUGUACUUUGACUGCUGAAAAUUUGAAGAAUGUGGAUCUUGGCUGGGGUCCUAAUGCCCAAUUCAUGUUCCCGAGAAACGGUGGGACAGGUGCUAUCUGGAAAGCAAUGGUAACAAAUAUUGAUGCAAUAAAUAAAAAAAUUAUCUAUGAAAAUAGAAAAUUUGAAUUAUUCGAAAUUAGUUAUGAUGUGCUUAUCAACACAUCACCGAUUGACCAACUCAUUGAAAAUACCAAAUUGUGUCGGUCAUUGGAUCUCAAGCACAAUAAAGUCAUCAUUGUUGGCAUUGGUCUUAAGAAGCCAAUCAGUAUGAUAGCAAAACAGUACACGUGGCUUUACUUUCCUGAUGAAAGUAUACCAUUUUAUCGACUAACUUUCAUUUCACAGUACGGUAUAAUGACACCAGAUAACCGUAAUUUCUGGUCUAUUUUAUGUGAAUCUGCUCAGCCUUCUGAUUCUAAGAUUACUGAAGAGGAAAUUAUGCAGAGAACAAUAAACUGCUUAAUAUUAAAGUCAAUCAUUUCAUAUGAACAAAUUGUUAGCAAAUUUUCAAUGGUAUUACCGUAUGGAUAUCCUAUUCCUACAGUAAACAGAGAUACUGAGCUAGCUCGUGCACAUCAAGCACUAGAAAAGCACCAAAUUUAUUCGAGAGGUCGAUUUGGUGGCUGGAAAUACGAAGCAUCUAACCAAGAUCAUUGUUUUGUUCAAGGCAAAGAAAUCGUCGAUAGAAUAUUGCUAGGCCAACCAGAAACUAUAUACAAAAAUGGCCUAUCAAUGUCACAUGGUUGA